AAAAAGUCGACCGAUGAAUAAAUUAAAUCCAGGCAACUUAUUAAUAAAAAGAUUUUGUUCACAAAGCGAUAAAUGAAUAUGUGUAGGGAUUUUGCAUUUGGCAUACAAGGUACGGGCGAGAUAACGUUGCAAUUUUCAGGAAUUCGAUGUUUCAGGAGUUUUCAUUCAAAAAAAACAUAAGAAAUUUGCUGUUUGAACAGUGGAAAAGUGAGGCUCCAAAAUAGGAAAACUUUGUUUUUGCCUACAUUCCUUAUGCCACUCUAAAAUUUGACAUAUCACUUUUGCCGCUCUUAGUUUUUGACAAUACAUCACAAAUGCUAUUCCGUGGCAAAAGCAAUAACUUUUCAUUUCACUUUUGUCACUCUUAGAUUUUGACAAUGUGUCGCAAUUGCCGCUCUAAAAUUAUUGUUUUUGCCACGAAAUGACAAUUAUGAUGUAUUGUCAAAAACUAAGGGUGGCAAAAGUAAAAUGUCAAAUUCUAGAGUGGCAUAAGCAAAGUGGUCAAAAGUUAGAGCGGCAAAAUCCCGGACCUAGUUAAAGCAAAAUGGCUCCAAAAUCCCCAAUCUCAACACACAGAGUCAGACCUAGCCACCCCCAUGGCAGCAGCGCCGCCGCCACUCCCGGAGGAGAUCCUCCUCCGCCUCCCGCCCGACGACCCGGCCUGCCUCCUCCGCGCCUCCCUCCUCUGCAAGGCCUGGGGCUGCGCCGUCUCCCGCCCCCACUUCCGCCGCCGCCUCCACGAGCUCCACCGGGCACCCCCCGUGCUCGGCUUCCUCCACGGCUGCGACGACGACCGCGUCCCCCACUUCACCCCCACCACCGCGUCGUCCUUCUCCCUCGCCGCUCCGGACUCCCGCUCCUGGCGGGCCCUCGACUGCCGCCACGGCCGCGCCCUCUUCCUCUCCAAGGGUGACGCACAGGAACUCCUCCUGUGGGAGCCAACCACGGGCGCCCAGCAGCGCGUGCCGGUGCCCUUCGCGUACGAUGACAUCCGCCGGGACGAGGAGCUGACAGUGUACGCCACCGCGGCCGUGUUCUGCGCAGCCGACGGGUGUGACCACCGGGACUGCUUCAGAGGCCCUUUCGGCGUGUUAUUCGUCUUCUGCGUCGAGCAAGACGGUGACGGUGACAACGGGGUGUGUGUCACGUUGACGCUCCUAUACUCGUCGGAAACCGACUGCUGGGAUGAGCUGCGCUGGAUUUUCCAUGACUUGCCCAUGUGUUUUACAUUUUCUUCCAGCGUGCUUGUUGGGAGGUCUCUGCUCUACUUCAUGUCUGAUGAUGGGUUCAUCCUAGAGUAUGAUUUGGCACGGCAUCGCCUGGCCAUUUUGGACCCACCGAACUAUGAGUCGAUCUAUGAUGCCCGAUAUAACAUCAUGCUGGCGGAGGACGGUGGACUGGGAGUUAGCCAAGAGAUGAAUCCGCAUCUCAAAUUGUGGACAAGGGUGAUUGAAGGCGCCGAUGACCGAUGGGUACUGAGCCGGGUCAUUUACUUGCAAAAUUUGCUCCCAGAUGGUGCCCUCAUGGAGCCAGCAAGUUCAUUGUAUGUGUUGGGCUUUGCUGAGGGAGCAAAUGUCAUUUUCAUGACCACGGUUGCUGGCCUCUUCACGAUUGAACUACCAUCAGAGCGGGUGAGGGUGUGUGAUGAUCAUGGCUUAUGUAAUUUGAUUCCAAUUGUUAGCUUCUACACUCCUGUGCCCCGAGGUGAGCAAAAGGAUCCAUCGUUUGGACCCAGUGAGGGUGCGGGUGAUCAGGAGGGAGGAGGGGAGGAGGAGGAGAACACAGUAGGUCAGGCACAUCAGUUGUUUGACAAUGGGUCCAACAUUAUCAAGGAGGGGGGCUUUGUGGGCGCCUUCGGUUACACCAGCCAUGACCUCGAGAAUAGGGUUCCACCAAACGGAGAAGUUGUUUUGGAGUCUACAGACAUGGGUGUAGCGCUAUACGAAGCUCGAGAGGUGACUGGUCCUUUGGGUGGUGUUCCGAAGACUGCAUGAAUGAAGAAUCGGUGAAGAGUUCAGCAUCAGCAAUGUUGAAGCUGGGUACUCAUGAGGUGAUCCUUUUGGUAGCAAUGUUGAUGAUCCUGAAUAAUAUGUUGUAUACCAUACCAGAGAAAGAUGAUUCAUUGACUAAAAAAAGGGUUCCCCCAAUUUCCCUGGAGUCUACCAGCACGGUCUAUGGACAUGGACGCGGCAUGCUGUAUGAAGCUCAAGAGGUGAUUGAUCCUUUGUGUAAUGUUUCGUGAAGUCUUCAGAUGCGACCAGCAAAGAUGAUGCUGGGAAAUGAAAAAAAAAACUGUGGUUGCAAUGUUGACGAUACUUUACCUUCAGAGAAAUGUGACCCUUGAUUCAUUGUCCCUUUCCCCAGACCAAUGGUAAUGGUGGUGAAACACGCAGUUUCGCAGAAGCAGUAAUAAUAAGGUAUGAAGUUGCCCUUGUGUGGAAUAGUUCCUCAGUUGUUACACACAGAAAAAGGGUAUGUACUGUUGUGUAUUAUGUAACUUGUGUUUGGGACUUGGAAAAGUUUGCCGUGUCGAUAUA